AUGCUUGAAGCAUUUUUCGCGCUGGGGGUCACCGGUGACCCCCACGGCGCUGUGGUCGAGUAUUUACGAUUGUCCUUUAUUUCAAACUAUCGUGUUACGGUUGCUAAGCGACUACUCUCAUUAUUUAGUCUUAUUCAGUGCGUCCUACAAUCAACCCUUGUAAAUAUGACUUCAAAUGAAGAUUAUUCAUCAAGUACGUCAUCUGACGGUGCAAUUUUACAAAGACCAUCAAAAAAUUUCCGAGUGCUAUCAGAGAGUGAGGAAAGUUCAUCAAGUAGUUCAUCCGAUAUGAUGAGAGCUUCUACGAUACGUCGGCGCCGAAUUGAGUCUGACAGUGAAACUGAAACUGAAGAUAGCGAUAACAAUGAAGAUGAUGUACCAGAAGAGUUUGAUGUGAAUUGGCGUAUUCCGUUAGGUAAUAAAACCAACAUCACAUUUUCGGAUUCGUCAGGUACCAACACAAAUCAAUCAGAAAUUUUUGCUUGUACGGAGCCACAUGAUUUUUAUUUCCUCUUUGUUACUGAAGAAAUAUUCGAAAUUAUUGCAAAACAAACGAACAUCUACGCUACGCAAAGAAAAUCAGAACUGCAAUCGUAUCGUUUAGAUCAAUGGUAUGAAACAAAUGCUAAUGAAAUAAAACGUUUCUUUGGUCUCAUUAUUUGGAUGGGAUUAGUGCGAUUACCAAAAAUUGAACUAUAUUGGAGUACAUAUGAAGGAUAUAAACAGGCACUUCCACGCACAAUUAUGUCAAGAAAUCGAUUCGAAUUGUUAUUGCGGUUUGUUCAUUUCAGCAAUAAUGAAGAAAAUGAUCCUAACAAUAGAUUAUCUAAAGUUGCUCAUAUUAUCGAUCAUCUAAACAGUAAUUUUAAGAAAUAUUAUAAUCCAGACGAGGUAGUAUGCGUGGAUGAAUCCUUAGUGCCAUUUCGAGGCCGCAUAUUAUUUCGUCAAUAUAUAAAACAAAAACGUCACAGAUAUGGAAUUAAAGUUUUAAAUUAUGUAGUGGGCCAGGAUAUUUUAGGCAAAGGCCACACUAUCUGUACCGACAAUUGGUACACUAGCGUUAACCUGGCUGAAAAGCUAAUUGAUAUGCACACACAUUUAUUGGGUACUCUACGAAAAAAUCGGCGAGACAAUCCAAAAGAAGUAGUGGCCCAGAAAUUAAAACGUGGAGAUGUUAUCGCGCGAGAAAAUAAAAAUGGAGUGACAGUCUUAAAAUGGAAAGACAAAAGAGAUGUGUUAAUGCUAUCUACAAAACAUUCAGCAGAAAUGACAACAAUACAGAAAAGAAACUGUACAAAAGAAAAGCCAAGAAUGGUAGUUGAAUAUAAUUUAGGAAAAUCUUCAGUCGACUUAUCUGACCAAAUGGUUGCUUAUUGCUCACCACUGCGUAAAACUAUCAAAUGUAACAAUGGUAUUAUUGAAAAAUGUAUCAGUAUCAAUAUUUACACUAAUUAUGUACUUUUAUCAUUUGCUGCGUCGCCGGUCACCGGUGGCCCCCACGGCGCUGUAGCCAAGUCGAGUGCCGGUCACCG